AUGGUGUGUUUGGUUUCUCGCACUGGUCGUCAAUUCCAAAGAUACAAUAAGGGACGUCGUCUAGUCGUCGGGUGUAUUCCAUAUAGACUCAAGAUUUCUAGCGAUGGUACAAUUAGCGACGAAUUUGAAGUUUUGGUUAUCUCAUCACAGAAGGGUCACGCUCUAAUGUUCCCAAAGGGUGGUUGGGAGCUAGAUGAAUCUGUAGAAGAAGCUGCUUCAAGAGAAUCUUUGGAAGAAGCUGGAGUUAUUGGAAACGUUGAGAGACAACUUGGAAAAUGGGAUUUCUUGAGCAAAAGCAGAGGAACAAUCUAUGAAGGACUAAUGUUCCCAAUGCUUGUGACAGAAGAGCUUGAGCUUUGGCCUGAACAACAUCUUCGUCGAAGAAUGUGGAUGAAAGUAGAUGAAGCAAGAGAAGCUUGUAGAGAUUGGUGGAUGAAAGAAGCUUUGGAUGUUUUGGUCAACAGGCUUUCUUCAUCGCCAUCAAUGAAACAUAUGGAAGAAGAAAAGACCAUUCCAUUGAUCUCCAUCUGCUGA